AUUUUCGCUGAACGGUCAUUUCCGUAGCAAUAUUGUAUUGGAAUGACCAAGUAAUUGGGUGACAUGUGUGUUGUGUACUUCUUGUAUGGGAAAUGUUACCCGACUCGAUUCAAUUGCGCAUCCUGUAGUGAGUAAAGUUAACCACACGUCUCUUCAUGAGAAUACUAAUAACGGAAAUAAAACCUGCAACUUCAAAGCUCGAAUGUUCGGUAGUGUUUCAGUUUUAUUUUUGAUUAAGAUAAUAGGAUAUCAGAAGAAAUCUCAUGUUUUGUUACGCGUGAUGAGAAUUUCGUGCGAAUAAUUCGAGUUCGGUUUGCGUAGAUAUUGUGCCUUUGAACAGUUAGUUACAUACUGUAUUUUUUAAUGAAUUGAAAGUUUAUCACUGGGUUUUCAUCCGCAGUUCUUUUUGAAAAUUGGCCAACUCAAAAUGGAAUCCGAUCAUUCGCAAGAAUCCUUUCCAGAUUUCCAUUUCAUUCCGCGGACUCUGCAGGAUAUAGCGGCGUCAAAAUACGCGUUCAUUGUCUAGUGUAAUUCCAGCGACCUUUCGCACAUUCCACCAAGUAUUCGGUCGAUGAUCAAUGAUAAAAUCCAAUCGAUUAGUAAAGAGAUCAAAAAAUGGAUUGAAAAUUCUGGAUUGUUCAUAAACAAUAUACCACCUCGUGAUCGUCAAGUUCUGAUCAACUUUGUAGCUUUCGACUCAGCUGGCGGUAUUUGCUCUAGAAGAACAGUCAAAAAUUUACUCAUGUCGAAUUUGCUGGGAUUCCAAGAAAGACAGUUUGAAAUCGCUUGUUCGUAUUGCAUCGAGGAAUAUAUUGAACAUUUGUGGCCGUCGGUCAAAGAUAGUAAGCGAUUCCGUAAACGCCAUUUUAGUGUCCCUGAUCGUUUUGAUGACGUCGAUUUAGUGGAUUAUUGGUGUUCUCGUAUGAGAGGCGAAUUGAAGAAAGUCUAUGGACCGGAACAAAAAUCACCCGAAUGGUAUACGCUUUCCAACCUGCUUUCUGACAUUGAGUUUUAUGUGAGAAACUGGUCAGAAAUCGAGUACUUUUGGAAUAAGCUUAACGCUCCAGAAAAAAGUUCCCUCCUAGACAAAAUUUGGAUUGCGCAAGAAAAAUGUCACUUCAGAUACGAAGGUUUGAUGGAGGAAGAUCCUACAAAACACACAUCUCGUUUAAUAAUAAUGAACUCGAAUGAUACGGUACUGAAAAAUUUUGUGAGAUCAAAAUGGUUUCUAUUUAUUGUAUAUUUUGCCAUAGAUGACGUCUAUUGCCAUGAUGCUUUACAGCUUUGGAACUACGGAAAAAGUUCAAUCGUUGAGGGUGCCACCUUCUUGUAUGAAAUUUUAUUACCUUUAUCGAAAGUGGCAUAUAAGUGCGAAUAUUCGAGGUAUGCGGCGAUCAUACUCAAAGAAAUAUGGCUUUCUGCUCCGGAUCAUUUGAAAGAUUAUGUUAGUAGUUCAGAUGAUCACGUUGAAAACUUGUUCGCAGCAUGUUUAGAUGACGCAGAUUUUCCCUCUUUUGGUCGCGAUUUUGGUUUUUUGAUCGAACUACUAAAAGAUGCUGGCAAUGGAAUCGGACAAAAAAUGUGGAGCAAUCGGUGGGUAGAUUUGACUCGUCUCGCCAAAGUCUCAGAUUUACGUCAACUGAUGCCUCUGUGUUUCGGCAAUGUAAACGAUAUUGUCAAGUUUAAAAAAACCAAUAUGUUGGAUUACCAAAUAAUGCGACAUAAUUUCGUUGAUUUCGUGCAUUCGGAAUUGUUCGAAGAGCUAUCCGAGUACCUGAUGUUUUGUUGUACAGAUGCUGACGACAAAAAGCAAGCACGUAUUGUAAGAACAAAAAUAAUUAAUCGAAACUUGACAUGGACCAUUCAGCGUAACUCUGAACUCAUUUUAAGUAAAUGGUUUCAAUUUUUGGAUGGUUGUUUUACGAUGGAAGAAGCAGCCGAAUUGUUAGAAUGUCACCUUCCAGAUAAAGAGACCGGUCUGUUGUCGUUUUGGAUUUCAUUCAGCAGUUUUAAAGCGUUCGAAAGAUUACUGUGUUGUUUGAAGUUUUCUGAUCAACGAUUGAUGGAAUUGAAGCGGUUUUUCAAGGAAAGAGUCCGGCAUGUUUUGACGUUCGGUAAUUUUAAAGCAUUAUCCGUGGACGAUUGGGAUAAAUUUCUGAAAUGGUGUGACUUUAGUCCAAAAGAAUUAUCUGAAUUGAGAUGUAACAUUCAGAUGGAUAAUCUGUUCGAAAAUUUUCUGAUCGGCAUGUACAUGUUGUGGGUGGCUAGGCGGAACUGUCGUCAUUCUUUUGUCGCUGUGUGUUUUGAAGAGAUUGGUUUUUAUUCGAUCAAUGGAUUUUUACGUUGGUAUUUCGGAAGUGAACAAGCUGCGCAGAAGUACAAAUCGCGUAAAAGGAAUGAUUACAAGAAUAGCAAGGCGAUGAAAUUGUUUUUGAAAGCAGAUGAAAAAGUUCGAUUAAAUUUUGAUCGUUGGUUUAGACUAUGCUGUCUCUUCUGACAAUUAUUUUGAUGAAGUACUGUACGCCCGUAUCUAUUUGUAAAAUAAGUGUCGUACCUAAAUGUGUAGCUAUAUUUUUUUAUGGUUCAAGAAGAUUGUUCAUUUUCAGAUUAUUUUUUAUAGUAGAAUUUUCUUUGUGUUUUCUUGGAAUAUAUAAUAGGUAUAGAAUUUUUUAAAAGAAAUCAAUUCGAUCAAGUUUUGUAUUUUUUUUAAUGAUCGAGUAACGUAUUUUUUGUUUGUUUUUUUUUCAAUUAUUCAAAUAAAAACCUGCAACAUUUGAAA